AUGCGAGUGCAUAAAGAGGUAUGGCAUUUUGCCGUAACCGGUGGAAAUGACUACGCUCGUCGAUACGCAAUAAAUCGACUAGAGCUGGACGACUCUAUGCAGAUCGAGCGCGAUUCCAAGUUUUUGCGUGGACGGGGUGGAAUGCGUCUUCGCUCAGCAUGGUAUAAGCUUGGCGAUAAAGAGUGCAAGCGUCGAAUGCUAGAGACCCCAGACGACACGUUUCCAGAAGGCACGAACGGAAUCCUUGAUGAACGGAAACGGGACCAUCUUGCUCCGGUCAUUCACGUUAGUGACGACAUUGCGAACGAGCUGAACCCGAACAACCUGGAGCUACUGAAGGAUCGGACUGUGCGACUGGAAAUUGCUCGUUCAUCAUACUACGACGUACUGGCUAGUGAACACAUGCUGCGGAUUCACGACUCGUACAACGGUGGCAGUCUUGCGGGAGUUAUGCAGGCUACACUCGAGAGCAUCAAAUACGCAAUCGUCUUGGCAAAGGUGAAAGAUAACCCACGGACAUCCGAAGAAGGAUUUGAUGCGGUCAGUCGCCGAGUGAGCUGCGUUUUUUUCUUGUCUCCUAGGGGUAUCAGCUUUUGA